AAUUAAAUGUUCGUAACGGCUAGUUGCAGUAUCGAUGUACUUUUGUUUGGUAAGAGGAGCUAAAACAUGAGCCCAGCUGCUGCUACCUUCUCCAUCACAACUGACCGUUGGCUCCAUUAGAUAAGAGAUCUACAGAUUCAAAACCCCUCCACUCUCCACCAUCUCCACAUUCUCAUUCUCCGCCGGAAAAAGCCCUCCGACCGACUCUGAGGCAUUUUCACAAACUCCUCGCGCGAUACAAAAGCGCAGAUCAUUAGAAAAAAUAUGGACAGCCAAACGCACAGAAGGAAAAGCGGCAUCAACCUGCCGCCGUCCAUGUCCGGCGCCUCCCUCCGCCUCGACAAAUUCUCGUCCCCCGCCGUCAGCAGCCUCUCGUCUCCGCUCAAAUCGAUGUCCCCCAGGACCAUAUCCAACCUCUCCGCCUCCUCAUCCCCGUCCAAGUCGGCCUCCGCCUGCAGCGACAGGUUCAUACCCUGCAGAUCCACGUCGAGGCUGCACACGUUCGGGCUAGUGGAGAAGGGGUCGCCGGUCAAGGAGGGGACUGGAGGCGGCGGCGGCAGCGAGGCUUACUCCAGGUUGUUGAGGGCUGAACUUUUCGGGACUGACUUUGGGUCUUGUGAUUUUUCUGCAGGUGGUGGUGGUGGUGGGUCGCCAGUGAUGACGAGUCCGAGCAAGAACAUGCUGAGGUUCAAGACGGAGCAGCACUCGUCUGGGCCCAAUUCGCCCUUCUCACCGUCGGUUUUGGGACAUGAUGCUGGGCUUUCUGGCGAGGUUUCGACGCCGCCCAAGCCGCCGAGGAAAGUGCCCAAGACGCCUCACAAGGUUCUGGAUGCACCAUCCCUUCAAGACGAUUUUUACCUCAACUUAGUCGACUGGUCUUCUCAGAAUGUCCUUGCUGUGGGAUUAGGCACCUGUGUCUAUCUAUGGAGUGCUUCAAACAGCAAAGUGACAAAAUUAUGUGACCUGGGACCUAAUGAUGGUGUCUGCUCAGUCCAGUGGACUCGAGAGGGGUCAUACAUAUCAGUCGGCACAAGUCUUGGGCAAGUUCAGGUUUGGGACGGGACUCAGUGCAAGCGUGUUAGAACAAUGGGUGGACAUCAAACAAGAACUGGAGUGCUUGCAUGGAGUUCUCGCAUAUUAUCCUCUGGCAGCAGAGAUAGAAACAUACUUCAGCACGAUCUUCGUGUUCCGAGCGAUUAUAUUAGCAAGCUUACUGGACACAAAUCAGAGGUUUGUGGACUCAAAUGGUCUCAUGAUGAUCGAGAACUUGCUUCCGGUGGCAACGAUAAUCAGCUAUUGGUGUGGAAUCAGCACUCGCGACAGCCGAUACUGAAGCUAACAGAGCAUACAGCAGCCGUGAAAGCCAUUGCAUGGUCGCCACAUCAGAAUGGCCUUUUGGCAUCUGGAGGUGGAACUGCGGAUCGUUGCAUUCGGUUUUGGAAUACAUCGAGUGGCAAUCAGCUCAAUCGUGUGGACACGGGAAGCCAGGUAUGCAAUCUAGCAUGGAGUAAAAAUGUGAAUGAAAUAGUCAGCACUCAUGGAUAUUCUCAGAAUCAGAUAAUGGUGUGGAAGUAUCCGACUAUGGCGAAGGUUGCAACUUUGACUGGACAUAGUUUACGGGUACUCUAUCUGGCAAUGUCUCCAGAUGGUCAGACAAUUGUGACUGGGGCUGGAGACGAGACACUCAGGUUCUGGAAUGUUUUUCCAUCCGUAAAAACACCGGCGGCGGUUAAGGACACUGGCCUUUGGUCAUUAGGCAGAACUCAAAUCCGAUGAAUGGCGAUGAUCACAUGUACUGAUGCUACAAAAUAAUAACCAUCAUGUGUAAAGUAUAACUAAGAAUUACACAUACCUCAACCUCAAACUGAAAGGGGGCAANUUUUUUUUUUUUUUUUUUUCUUUU